GGCGGGGCUUGGUCAGCCCAGGGAUUCGGGCUGAGUGCUUUUCGUUGUUUCUCUGUGUCUCUGUCUAUCGCCUUCAUCCCGGCUCUCCUCGCCGGGACAGCUCUCUCCCUCCUCUCCAGCGGCGAUCGGCUCAGCGCAGCCGCCUCCCUCUAUGCCAGCCACCAUGAUCCCUGACAAGACACCUGUUGAAAAAGACGUCUAUCACCCUGCUCCCGAAGUUGCUAAUGGAGCUCAUGUCUCGAAUUUCCAAAAGUACAGGGAUCUUUACCUACAGUCCAUACAGAACCCGGAAGAGUUCUGGGGGAAAAUCGCGAAAGAGUUUUACUGGAAAACUCCCCAUACUGGCAGUUUCUUCGAUUAUAACUUUGAUGGCACGAAAGGCAAAAUUUACAUUAAAUGGAUGGAAGGUGCGACCACCAACAUUUGUUACAAUAUGUUGGAUAGAAAUGUCAAAGAGAGAGCCCUGGGGGAUAAAAUUGCAUUUUAUUGGGAGGGGAAUGAUCCUGGAGAUUGUAUGCAAAUAACUUACAAAGAACUCUUGCAGCAGGUCUGCAAAUUUGCCAAUGUCCUGCAAUCUCAUGGAGUGAAGAAAGGAGACAGAGUUUCAAUCUACAUGCCAAUGAUAAUAGAACUGGUUGUUGCCAUGUUAGCUUGUACCAGAAUAGGGGCAAUACAUUCCAUUGUGUUUGCAGGAUUUUCUGCAGAAUCUCUAUGUGAACGAAUUCUGGAUUCUUACUGUUCUCUGCUAGUUACAGCAGAUGGAUUUUAUAGAGGGGAUAAACCCAUAAACUUGAAACAGAUAGUGGACGAAGCACUCAAGAAGUGCAAAGAGAGGAACUUCCCUGUUGGAAAAUGCAUUGUUGUAAAGCACUUGGGAGGUACAGAAGCUGCAGAAGGAACUUGUGCAGAUAAAGCUUCAACUGAUGCACAGUCACCACCUGCAAAACGAUCCUGCUACAACGUCCAGGAUAAAGACAAUGUGAAAGCAAAGAAUGUUCAUCAUAAAAUAAAGACUCCAUGGAAUGUUGAGGUUGAUCUUUGGUGGCAUGAUUUAAUGAAGGAAGCCAGUGAUGAAUGUGAACCUGAAUGGUGUGAUUCUGAAACUCCUCUGUUUAUCCUUUAUACUAGUGGAUCAACUGGAAAACCAAAGGGUGUGCAGCACACUGUUGGAGGCUAUCUUCUUUAUACUGCUACAACCUUUAAAUAUGUGUUUGACUACAAACCUGAUGAUGUGUAUUGGUGUACUGCUGAUAUAGGGUGGAUUACAGGCCAUUCGUACCUUGUUUAUGGACCUCUGGCCAAUGGUGCUACAAGUGUUAUGUUUGAAGGUGUACCGACUUACCCUGAUAUAAGUAGAUUCUGGGAGAUUAUUGACAAAUACAAAGUGACAAAAUUCUACACUGCACCCACAGCUAUUCGAUUGCUAAUGAAAUAUGGAGAAGAACCAGUUAAAAGGUUUAGAAGGGAUUCCUUGAAAAUCCUUGGCACAGUGGGAGAACCAAUAAACCCAGAGGCCUGGCUUUGGUACUAUAAUGUAGUGGGGAACAGGAGAUGUCCAAUUAUGGAUACCUUUUGGCAGACUGAGACUGGUGGUCACAUGAUUACUCCUCUUCCAGCUGCCAUCCCACUGAAGCCAGGGUCAGCUAGUUUUCCCUUUUUCGGUGUUGUCCCUGCCGUCCUCAAUGAAUCUGGAGAAGAACUGGAAGGAGAGUCCGAAGGUUAUUUGGUAUUCAAGAAGCCUUGGCCAUCCAUAAUGCGUACAAUUUAUGGCAACCAUCAACGUUUUGAAACCACCUAUUUUAAGAAGUUCCCUGGAUAUUUUGUCACAGGAGAUGGUUGCAGGAGAGAUAAGGAUGGUUACUACUGGAUCACUGGAAGGAUUGAUGACAUGCUAAAUGUAUCUGGGCACCUUUUGAGUACUGCUGAAGUGGAGUCUGCAUUAAUAGAACAUGUAACUGUAGCUGAAGCUGCUGUUGUGAGUCAUCCCCACCCAAUAAAAGGAGAAUGCCUCUACUGCUUUGUCACUCUGAAAGCUGGAUAUGAAUUUACUGAAACGCUGAUUGCUGAACUAAAAGAUCAAGUUCGAGUUAAAAUAGGACCCAUUGCCACUCCUGACUAUAUACAGAAUGCUCCUGGAUUGCCCAAAACCCGUUCUGGGAAAAUUAUGAGACGCAUUCUGAGGCAGAUUGCCCGAAAUGAGAGAGAACUUGGAGAUACAUCAACUCUUGCAGAUGGGACAGUUAUAGAAGAACUCUUCAGCAACAGAUGUAGAACAGCUUAAAAUAGUGUGUUUCCCAAUUCAAAUUGUCGUGUACACAGGUAUAUGUGCAUGCCUGGGGAAGGGCAUUCCAGGUCUAUGGGAAGCCUAUGGGUAAAGGACCAGAAGAAGCAUUAUGAAGAUUAUGGUGAUGAUUUAAGUUGUGGGUGAUUGUCUUGUUAGAUAUUUAAUGCAUAUCUUGUAACAGAGAAUUAAUAUGAAUAGUUUGUCCAUUUGCAAUAAGUUGAUUACGUUUCUAUAACUUUUUUAAAAACGCAUCACUUUAAACAUUUCAUUUUAUUUUCAAUGUGCUCUCUGUAUUUUUAUACAAGUAUUUUUUCUUUGCUUCAAUGUCAGUACAACAACCAAACAUUCCAAGGCUGUUUUAAACUUUAGUUUAAACAAAUGAUUUAAUGCUUAUACAACAAUUAUUCAGUUAUUCAAACAAAUGAAAAUGAAUUUAUUGAUGAGUAGUUCCCAUUCUGAAUUGUCUAAAAUAUUAGGCAGUAUUCUUUGUUUAUUUUGCUUUCCCUGUCCCAUACCACUUUACAUUAGAAUUGUCCCUAUCUAUUUGGACUAUUAGCAAUUAUGGGUAUGUGACCUUUCUUUAAAAAUAAAAUCAGGGAAAAUUUACUUAUUGGCAGAGAAAUAACAAACAAGUGGGAUUAUUCUUUUAAUUCAUGAAGCAUUAGUUGCAGCAUUGCUUCUGAUAACUAUAGGGAUUGUUUAUUUACCAGAUUUUAAUUUUAAACCAGACAAGCAACCAUUGUUUAUGUGGAACAACUCAAGGUGUACAAAGCCAUACUUUUUAUCAAAUAAAAAUGAAGGUAUUGAUGUUUGCAAA